GGAGCUCGAGAAUGAAAUAGUGGCAUUCUGUUCCCCAGUGCGACUAUGCAGCCGUCGCAACCAUCUAGAACCGCGCUGCGCCGUUCCGCUUGACAAAUGGAUUUGCCGCGAGUGGCCGUCCCGCACCGGCCGGAUCUGACAUGCUCCCUCUUCCCAGUUCUCGUGCCCACGCAUCGCCGACAUCGCGCACAUGUCGCAAGGAUGCGGUGCUGCAACUGGACCCCUGAAUGUGGCAUCCAUGUCCCAGAUCAACGCCCGCAACGCAACCCGUCAUCUCGCGAUGUUGGAUUCUUGAUACACGAGUCUUGGGCAAACAUAUCCAGCAGAGCGUCCCCGAACAGCCACUACCGGCGCCCCAUCCACAAGUCUCCGCUUGUUUCUUAUUCGAUCCCGAAUCCCGAGUCCUCCCUCAGCCUCUCAAGUCCCAAGCCUCAAGUUGCUCGUCUGCGCCCACUACGCAUCCACUCCAGCUGCCGCCGCGCUCCGAUGAGAGAGAUGCUAGCGGGUCUGAUAAGCAAGCUCCCGCCUGAUCAGCCAGCGCCGGCUCACGUCUCGUCACGUCAACCAGUGUUAACCGCGACGCAAAUGAGGGGUCCAAAACCCACAGCAGCUCGCCCACGAUGACUUGACCGCGACAAUGCAGCGUCUGCCGCGCCCUCCGCCCGCCAACGCCGUUGUCGGUCGGGAAGCCAGCCAAAAGCAAGCACAGCGUUGGACCAUUGGAGUUUCCUUGACUCAUCACGAAGCUCUAGUGGUCCCGUGUCUCCUCUCCUGCACCACUUGACCGUCUUUUUUGCGCUGCCGGUCUAUUCCACCCCGCCUUGUCCUCCC